AUGACUACUGAAGGGUAUCAUGUUUACGGCGCAUGCGCACGUCGAACUUCCUUUUUCCAGUGCAGCGGAGUCAAGCCCCAGUCUUUGGCUCCGGGCUCCUUCAUAAGGAGACAAAAAGACUGCAAAAUGGGUUUUGUUAAAGUGGUGAAGAACAAGGCCUACUUCAAGAGGUAUCAGGUCAAAUUCAGGAGGAGGAGGGAGGGCAAGACUGACUUCUUUGCUCGUAAGCGCCUGGUUGUUCAAGACAAGAACAAGUACAACACACCCAAGUACCGGAUGAUCGUCCGAUUCUCCAACAGGGACAUCGUCUGCCAGAUCGCUUAUGCCAAGAUUGAGGGUGACAUGAUUGUGUGUGCAGCAUACUCACACGAGCUGCCAAAAUACGGUAUCUCCGUGGGUCUGACGAACUACGCAGCAGCCUACUGCACUGGUCUGCUGCUGGCUCGCAGACUGCUGAACAAGUUUGGCCUGGACAAGGUGUAUGAAGGCCAGGUCGAGGUCACAGGCGACGAGUUCAACGUUGAGAGCAUCGAUGGUCAGCCCGGUGCCUUCACCUGCUACCUGGAUGCUGGACUUGCAAGAACCACCACAGGCAACAAGGUGUUCGGUGCUCUGAAGGGGGCCGUGGAUGGAGGUCUGUCCAUCCCACACAGCACCAAACGCUUCCCUGGUUACGAUCCAGAGAGCAAGGAGUUCAACGCUGAGGUCCACCGCAAGCACAUCAUGGGCACCAACGUGUCCGAGUACAUGAGCUACUUGAUGGAGGAGGACGAGGACGCCUACAAGAAGCAAUUCUCCCGUUUCAUCAAGAAUGGCGUCACCGCUGAUUCGAUUGAGGGUAUGUACCAGAAGGCUCAUGCUUCCAUCCGAGAGAACCCAGUCCAUGAAAAGAAGCCCCAAAAAGAAAUCAAGAAGAAGAGGUGGAACCGUGCCAAGCUCUCUCUGGAACAGAGGAAAGACCGCGUCGCCCAGAAGAAGGCCAGCUUCCUCCGGGCUCAGGAACAGGAGAAUUCAGAUUAAGAUGUUCGGCUCUGUUCCCUGGUGCAGAAUCGUUUGUUCUAAUAAAUCUAUCGAAAAAGAAA